AUGGCCACCCUAACUGAUACAGAGAUCGCGCUGGAGAAGACAGCCGCUCAUCAUGUCGAGGACACCCUGGGCGCUGGCGCCAUCAUCGAGGCCAAGCAGGCGACCGACGAUGAACACAAUCAAACCCUGAUGCAGGCCCUGCGAGAGAAUCGGAAGGCGGUCAUGUGGUCGGUUUUGAUCUCCAUGUCCAUUAUUAUGGAGGGAUACGAUACCAUCCUCAUGGGUAACUUCUUCGGCUAUCCAGAGUUUGCGAAGAAAUAUGGACAAGACUACGGUGGAGAUAUUGGAUACCAGGUUUCAGCGCCUUGGCAGACAGGACUGAGUAUGGCCAGUACCGUUGGCUGUAUCUUUGGUGGCAUUCUCAACGGAUGGGGUGCAUCCCGAUAUGGCUACCGAAUCGUGAUGGUGGUUGCUUUGUUCUUCCUCACGGCAUUCCUCUUCAUCACCGUUUUCGCCGACUCCGCAAAGGUCCUCCUGAUCGGACAGCUCUUCUGUGGCUUCUCCUGGGGUGUAUUCGCAACGAUCGGACCCGCGUACGCAUCGGAAGUCUGCCCAACCAACCUGCGUGGAUACCUCACCAUCUAUGUGAACAUGUGCUGGGCUAUCGGCCAGCUCAUCGCCUCUGGGGUGCUAUACGGACUGGUUGACCGAACCGACCAGUGGUCCUACCGAAUUCCCUUCGCCCUGCAAUGGAUCUGGCCUGUCCCCCUUAUGGCCAUCUGCUGGCUCGCACCCGAGAGUCCCUGGUGGCUCGUUCGUCAAGACCGAUUGGAAGAUGCGAAGCGCAGUAUCCGGCGACUGGGUGGUACCAAGACGGAAGACCAGAUCAACGGACAACUCGCAAUGAUGCUGCACACGAUCAAAAUCGAAUCCGAGAUCGAAGCCGGAACCACCUACGCAGACUGCUUCAAGGGCGUUGACCUGCGCCGGACAGAGAUCUGCUGUCUCACCUUUGCCGGACAGAUCCUCUCUGGUAGCACCUUCGCCUACUCGCCCACCUAUUUCUUCAUUCAAGCAGGCAUGGACGUCAACCGCUCCUUCCAACUGGGUGUCGGUUGCACCGGCGUCGCCUUUGUCGGAACCUUUUUGUCGUGGUGGCUGAUCUCCUGGUUCGGGCGACGAACCCUGUACGUCUGGGGCCAAGGCAUUCUCUGCACAGUCCUGUUCCUGAUCGGUAUCCUCAAUGCCGCAUCUGACAGCAAUGGGGCAAUGUGGGCACAAGCAGCCUUCUGCUUCCUCUGGCUGUUCACCUACUCCCUCACGGUCGGCCCGAUCGCCUACGCCAUCGUAUCCGAGACAUCAUCCGUGCGCCUGCGUCCACUGACAGUAUGCCUCGCCCGAACAGCGUACCAAAUCGUCAACGUGGUGUCCCAAGUCCUGGAACCAUAUUUCAUGAACCCGACCGCAUGGAACGCAUCCGGCAAAACUGGGUUCUUCUGGGGCGUCACGGCACUAUGUACAUUUGUGUGGGCCUUCUUCAGACUGCCCGAGCCCAAGGAUCGGACCUAUGCCGAGCUGGACAUCCUCUUCGCGACCAAGGUUCCCGCACGCAAGUUUGCGACCACCAAGGUCGACCCUUAUGCCGUUGGGGUAUCGUCGUCGCAGGAGGGCCUCGUCCGAGCGGAGACGGAAGAAACCAAACAGUGA